AUGGCGGUUGCAGGUCUCGAGGUGGAGUUGAUCGUGAGUGUGAUCGAGGCUUGCCUCAUUCUGCCCACAAUGCUUUGCGUUUACCGGUUCCCGUUUUACUCAGAUAAUUUCUCUCGUUUCGCCUUAGGACUGAUGUUGGUGCCUGAAUUUUUGCAGCUGCUUGCCCGAGUCGGCUUCAACGUCUCAAAUACUUUUGGCCCAUGGACAAUGGCCGUUCUCACACAAAUCCGUUACCUUUCCUCACUUUGUUUAAUUCUUUCCAUCCUUGUGCAAGUGAUUUGUUUGUAUUAUGGGCUGCCUGAUCUCGAUUUUGAUGGAGCAACAGCGUUCAAGUUCCUCUCGACGUGUGUCUUGUGGCUGAACGUUUCCCUGCAAAUCCUUUGCUACUAUUUCACCGAUAAAGUCGAUAUCCGCUUCUUCAGCGUCGCCGCGUGGCUGAUUUUUGUGGAGAAUUCGGGCUUUUCCAUUUGGAUCCUCUAUCUUCUCGUUAAACUGUACAAGAAGCGAGCCGAUUUCGUCGAUCCUCGUCGCGGUCCCGAGGCAAAAAUCGUCUUUAGGAAUAUUGUCGUCUUCACCGAAUGGGAACUUAUUGUGUAUUUUGCGACUUUUGAAUAUUAUGUCUUUGAUCCAAACUACGCGGACACGGAAUUCGUGGAAGUCCGUCCCCCAGCCGUCUGGAUUCCCUAUCCACACGGGACUCUCUGGGCAUUCCUGCGUCUCCUUCGUCCCACUUUUUGCAUAAUCGGCAUCUGGCUUUGGCAUGGAUCUUUCAGAUAUGAUCUUCGGAAAGCUUUGAGGCAAAAGGGACACAAGGCAACGAAUACGAUAACGAUCUCCGGGGAUUUCUCGGGCAGAAAUGAGCCGGCUCCGACAGUCGCCAGGGAGAGCACGUCGAAUAAUCGAUUGACACCGACCACCAUUCAAACGCCGCGACGGGGCGGUCCGCCGCAAGUCGCGAAGGGUCCUUUUGCUCAAAUCGAGCGCCAACAGCAGCGCCUCGGCACCUCUUACAUGAAUCGUCGC